AUGAUGCAUUCAUUCCAUCUUGCAGUAGUUCUUGCCGCGGCCCUCUUCUCGAUCAACGUCGAUGCCAAGUCUUCCAAUGUCUAUUCGUUUCGUGGAGGAAAGUCGUCUUCCGAAGGACUCAAGCACGGUGCCCGAGGUCUCGACUGCUUGAAGAAUCUCAUUGGCGAAGACAAACUGACCCAUCACAUCAACACCACAAUCGAAGCAGCCAUUGAAGACGUUUCCCAGGACGAGCUUUCCGUCGCUGUUUUCAUGUCCUUUGGCAAGGAAGGUAUUGAUCGAGUGUGCCAUGCCAACCAACAACAAGAACACAACCGAAAGCUACGCGAAAACUAUCGGCCAGAACCACCCAAGAAGAAACGCCGCCUGCAAGAAGAAGCUGCCUGUUCUUCGGAACCUGUGGAUGCGGGAUAUCCUGGAACGGGUGAUGGAGGCUCGGUGUAUACCGCCUAUGCGGUAUCCGGCAACAUUGAUGCCUACUUGCCGGACGGAGCGCCCUAUACGUCCCGUACCGAUCCUAAAAAGGUGAUCCAACAAGCACAAGUGGUGUUGGAUGAUGCCCUCGAGGCAGAGUAUCAUGGCGUUCUGUGCGAAGGCUACUUUGAUGGCGUGGCAGAUCUUCUUUCCAUUCCAGAUUUUGUGGUUGUCAAACAAGGAGCCAUUUUGGACGGUAUCAACAGUCUCACGUGUGGCAUUGCACAAGGAGUGGCGCGGGGAACGCAAGCGGAAAUGCGCACCAACAUUGCCUUUGCGCAAAAACACGACACUCUCGUGAAUGAGGCCGAAACGAGGGCCACCUACAUGAACACCAACAGGUUUGCCGAGUCGGUAUGCUCGCUCUCCACAGAAAUGCUAUCAUUGAAUCUGGAUAUUCUGGUGGUCAAGGAAGAGCUAGAGACACGUCGGAAGCGUGCAUAA